UUAAUCAUUUGCCGGUUAUCUCGUACUUAGUACUUGAGCGUGGAGUUUGGAGUCUGCCCUCCCCUCCGAUAAAACAUAAUAGAAGCUCGGACUUGCUUUGCCUUUCUUUUUGGCCCCUCGGUGCCACUUCAGCCACAGACUCUGGGUUUUGGAUCUCCUGGCUCCAGAGAGAGGACGCGCGAUGUUAACUCUAAUUGUGUUGUUGCUUUGUGCAGCUUCCUCCGUCUCAGCUGCUGCCAAAGGGGCUGCUGCUGGACCCCGGCUGAACAACAACCAGCUGUACAAAUUCAGCUACACCACUGAGGUGCUGGUGGACAGGACCAGGGGGUCAAAAGAGGGCAGUGCUGGCUACAGGAUCUCAAGUGAUGUGGACGUCAACCUGGUGUGGAGAGAUCCGAGCAACAAAGACGACCAACUGAUUCAACUGGCGAUCUCAAACGUGAGGAUCGAGCCUGCAUCCAGUCGACCAGAGAAGAAGAACGUCCUGCAUGGAUCCACUACAGAGAGUGUUUUGGGGAAGACCAAGCUAGCAGCUCUGACUAAACCUUUCAUGUUGCAUCUGAGAAAUGGAAAGGCAAAGGCCUUUUAUUCCUACUGGGCCGAACCUGCAACCAUCAAGAACCUAAAAAGAGGGCUGGCCAGCUUACUUCAAAUGCAGCCCCACACUGGGAAGGUUAUAGAGAAUGACGUGUCUGGAAGGUGCACAGUCUUGUACAAGGCAGAAAAAGGUCAAGUGACAAGAACCAAGCUCCUGGAGACGUGUAAGACCGCAGAGACCGGAUUCACCACACACAGUCAGGUGCUGGGUGUGAGUAGGAAGUCUAGUUCUGUUACAACAUUCACACUUGAAGAUGGUUUCAUCCGCUCGGCCGUGGCUGAAGAACUACACUCACUGGCUGUCAACGCCCGCAGAUCUGCUGCAGCUAAAGUUGUGUCCAGGCAAACCCUCACAUAUGUAGGGAAGGAGGCCGGACUGCUGGAGGCUGCUGGGAAAGAUGUGGCUGGUGUUGUCAAGUCAAUCGAUGCCAAAAUGGCAGCUGUUGGUAUCAUUGCAGAGAAGGUCAAAUCUCAGUGCAAGGGCUGUCCAUCACUUUUUGAAAAUUGGCAGACUCAGAAGAAGCAGCUGGAGCCAGAGAGCCUGUCCAAAGCCACGGCUCCUCGCAGCUUCCUGGCCCUGAUCCAGAGCAUUAGGAAGGCGUCCAAGGACGAGAUCCUCAAAGUGCUGAAGAGCGCCAGCAAGACAUCUCUACCUCAGGUGGUGGAUGCUGUGACCUCCUCCCAGACCGCUGCAUCUCUGGAUGCCAUGCUCCAAUUCCUUAACUUCACAGAUGCCAAAGGUUUGGUUCUGCAGGAGAGGUUUCUCUACGCAUGUGGCUUUGCUUCACAUCCCAACGAGAGAAUGCUCCAGGCUCUGCUGGAUAUUUCAAAGGGAAAGAUCGGCAGCACAGACAUUAAAGAGUCAGUGGUGAUCAUUAUGGGAGCCCUGGUCCACAAACUGUGUCAGAAAGGAGGAUGCAACUUACCGACAGUGGUGAAGGUGAAGAAGCUGAUUUUAGGCGGCCCUGACAGCACGCAGGUGGAGUCUGAGGUCCAGAUGUAUCUCCUGGCUCUGAAGAACUCUCUGCUUCCUGAGGCCAUUCCCAUCUUUACCAAAUACGCAGAGUCAGAGGUGGGAGCUUUCAGCACCAUCGCCCUCACUGCCCUGCAGAGAUACGACGUCAGCCUCAUGACCGACGAGGUAAAGCUGACAGUGAACAGGGUUUACCACCAGAAUCGAAGGAUCUAUGAGAAAAAUGUGAGGGCUGCUGCCGCUGACGUCAUCCUCAGUAGCAACCCAUCAUACAUGGAGGUGAAGAAUCUGUUGCUGUCUAUUGGAAAUCUGCCUCAUGAAAUGAACAAGUAUAUGCUGUCCAAGAUCCAGGACAUCCUGCGCUUUGAGAUGCCCGCCAGCAAAGUUUUACGACAAGCAAUGAGAGACACAGUUUCCCACAACUAUGACCGUUUCUCAAAGGUUGGGUCAUCGUCUGCAUACUCAGGAUUCAUGGCUCAGUCUGCCGAUGUGACCUCCACAUACAGUUUGGACAUCCUGUACUCUGGCUCUGGGAUCCUGAGGAGAAGCAACAUGAAUAUUUAUGGUGCUAGUAAAGGAGCAAUGCUACAUGGACUGCAGGUGGCAAUUGAGGCUCAGGGUCUGGAGUCACUGAUUGCUGCCACACCUGACGAGGGAGAGGAGGACCUGGAGUCAUUUGCCGGGAUGUCAGCUCUGCUGUUUGACGUUCAGCUGCGACCCGUCACCUUCUUCAAGGGUUACAGUGACCUCAUGUCCAAAAUGUUCUCCAUGACCGGGGAGCCCAUGAAUGUGGUGAAGGGUCUCAUCCUGCUGACUGAUCAUUCUGAGGUGAUCCAGCUGCAGUCCGGUCUGAAAGCCAGUGCUGAGUUUCAGGGUGGGUUAGCCAUUGACAUCUCUGGAGGCAUGGAGAUCAGUCUGUGGUACAGGGAGUCCAAGACCAGCGUCAACAACAGGGGAGCGAUGGUGGUCACUGGCAAUGUUACAGUGGACAUGGACUUCAUGAGAGCAGGCGUGGAGGUCAGCUUCGAAACAGAGGCAGCACUGGACUUCAUCACCACUGUCCAGUUUUCCGAAUAUCCCUUCCUGGUGUGCAUGCAGAUGGACAAAACAACUUUCCCCGUCAGUGAAUACAUGACCAGGUACGAGAGCGUGUCAUCAGGGAAGAGCGUCAUGUCGCGUAAGAGCAAGAAGCAGCUCGUCCCCGGCUCUGAAUUCCCUCUUCACCAGGAGAACUCGAACAUGUGCAAGAAGGUUUUUGACUCCAGCUGGUAGAGGAGACACCAUGAACUAUCCAGGAGCAAAUUUGUCACUGAAAGAGGGUUUAUGGCAUUCAGGGACAGCUAACACACCUCAGCCUCAUGCUGUGAAAGUAUGCAAGAGAGAAAAGUGGUGGAUGGUUUUGUUUUUUUUAAACAACACAAUGCAAUGUUUACAUUCCUGCGAGUAUUUGAGUCAUUUUAAUUUGACAUUUUGUUUGAAUUCAGGAAUUCUUGCAUUGUCUUUUUACGGAUAUCCUCGGGGAAUGUAUUUAUGAUGGGCACACACAGGAUGUAUAUUUUAUUUGAUGGGAACUCCACUGUAAUGAUCCAAACACAGUUACAGUAACGAUGUACAUGUAAAUAUCUCACUGGAGACAGUGGGUUAACUCUCCCCCAUGAACAGAUACGCUCCUUUCUGUCAUAGUCCUUUGUUUUUUAAUUAAAUGUGUUUACUGAGGAGGAGUAAUUUAUUGUUUUAUGCCACUGUAUCACUGUUCACACACUUGAAAUAACUUAUUUAGCAGAGUUAUAUCAAUUCAUUCCAUUUUUCAUAAUUAUGCUGGUGAUUUCUAAUUGUUCCUAUGGAAACGAUGUAUGCGCAUCGUUUCUACUUUGUACUUGUGAGAUUUGAGGUGAAAAUCAAAUCUCCAAAAGUGGGUCCAUCAACACUUGAAUAUAUUUUUUGUACGUGGCUGUAAUUGGUCUGUUUGUCUUAAAGCAUUUAGGUAGUUUUAAGACGUUUGAGCUACUCUGAACUUGUGUGUCCCUGUUCAGGACUUUGUUAGAUUUGUAAUUGGCUGACAAUAAAUGUACAGUGGAAACACUU